AUGUUCUUAUACGCAGUACCCUGGAUGCUGGGCGGUAGUCACGUUUCCUCGCUAGGCAGUUUUGUUCAGAACUCUUUGGUGGCGGCGGGGUGGCCGUCGUGGCUCGCGUCCGUCGCCAGCGAGGCCAUCAAGGGCUGGGUGCCGCGCCGCGCCGACUCCUUCGAGAAACUCGACAAGAUCGGGCAGGGGACGUACAGCAACGUGUACAAGGCGCGCGACCUGGAGAGCGGGCGGCUGGUGGCGCUGAAGAAGGUGCGGUUCGACAACCUGGAGCCGGAGAGCGUGCGCUUCAUGGCGCGCGAGAUCGAGGUGCUGCGCCGCCUCGACCACCCCAACGUGAUCCGCCUCGAGGGGCUCGUGACGUCGCGCAUGAGCUGCAGCCUCUACCUCGUCUUCGAGUACAUGGAGCACGACCUCGCGGGGCUCGCCGCCUGCCCCGGCAUCUCCUUCACCGAGGCGCAGGUGAAGUGUUACAUGCAGCAGCUGAUGGCGGGGUUGGAGCACUGCCACACGCACGGCGUGCUGCACCGCGACAUCAAGGGCAGCAACCUGCUGCUGGACAACACGGGGUCGCUCAAGAUCGCCGACUUCGGGCUCGCCACCUUCUACCGCCCCGAGCACAACGUGCCGCUCACCAGCCGCGUCGUCACGCUCUGGUACCGCCCGCCCGAGCUGCUGCUGGGCGCCACCACGUACGGCGUCGGCGUCGACCUCUGGAGCAGCGGCUGCAUCCUCGCCGAACUGCUCGCCGGCAAACCCAUCAUGCCCGGCCGCACCGAGGUGGAGCAGCUGCACAAGAUAUUCAAGCUGUGCGGGUCGCCGAGCGAGGAGUACUGGCGGCGGUCCAAGCUGCCGCACGCCACCAUCUUCAAGCCCACACAGCCCUACAAGCGCGCGCUAAGGGACCUCUUCAAGGACUUCCCCGCCACCGCGCUCAACCUGCUCGACGUGCUGCUCUCCAUCGAACCCGCCGACCGCGGCUCCGCCACCUCCGCGCUCGCGCACGAGUUCUUCACGACGAAGCCGCUGCCAUGCGACCCAUCGAGUCUACCGCAGUACCCGCCCAGCAAGGAGUACGACGCCAAGCUGCGCGACGAAGAGGCCCGCAGGCAGAGGGCGGCAGGGGCGAGGGCAGGCAAGGUGCUAGACAGCAGCGCGAGCAGCAAGCAGGCGGCGGCGGGGCAGGGCGCGCAGCGGAACAGCACGUCACAGCAGCAGCCGCAGCUGCAGCAGCAGAGCCAGCAGCGCUCCAGCCGGGCGGUGCCGGCGCCCCACGCCAAUGCGGAGCUGGUGGAGUCCAUCAACAUGCAGAAGGCGGCGGCGGGCAAGGCGGCGAUAGCGAAGAGCAAGAGUGAGAAGUUCAUCAGCCCGGCGGAGAUGGCCCUGGCGGCGGGCCUGCAGGGGCUGGGUCCGCACGGGCUCACCACUGCCAAGGCAGUUGACACGCCUGACGGGCUCAAGGCGCUCAAACCCGCCGAUGCCUCCGACAAGCUGCGCGCGGCGGCCCCGGGCGGCAAGAGCCUGUCCGCCACCACGUCCUGGGUGCCCGCGCCCUCCUCCUCCUCCUCAGCCGCUGCUGCUGGCGCUGCGGGGGGAGGGGCAGGGGCGGGGGUGGGGGGGAGGAACGUGAGUGGGGAGGUGGGGAUAGGGGAGAGCAAGCAGGGGGGCCUGGUGCGGACGGGCAGUGCGGGCAGGAGCAAGGGGGGUGUGAACCCCACAAGCCACGAGCUGUCGGCGGCGGGGGUGGCGGCUACUGCUGGCGUGGCGGGUGUGGUUGGGGGCAGUGCGGUGGGCAUGGGCGCGUCCAAGGACUUCUCAACGGGGUCAUCACGCGACCUCACCGAGUCGAGAGACGCUGCUCUGCGCAAAGUGCGGGAGCGCGAGAGGGAGCGCGAGCGGGAGAAGGAGGAGAGGGAGAAGCGGGAGCGGGAGAGGGAGAGGGAGCGGGAGAAGCGCGAGUCGCGGUCGUCGGAUUUGAGAUUCCACCCCAUGCACAACCAGAUGGUGCAGCAGCUGCACUCGCAGCAGCAAGCCGCGCAGCAGCAGCAGCAACACCGGCCCAGCAGCGAGCAUGGCUCUCGUGGCGCUGCUCUCAACAGCAGCACCACCAAGGCCCGCCUGCACAAGACCCGGUCAGGGGAGUUAUCACAUCUGCCCGGUAAAUCCGAGAGUAAAUCGCGAAACAGCUCGAUGGACGAGAGGCAUCGGCGGGAGAUCGAGGCACUGUUUGCCUCGGCAUCCAUGUCCGGCGUCCUGCCGGGCGGGCUGCUGGGGAGCGCAGGGGACGGGGAUAGGGGCAGGGACAAGGGCAGGGAGCGGGAGCAGCAGCGGCCGAGCAGCAGCGGGGGGCAUGGGGGGGGCAGUAGUGGGCCGAUGCGCAUGUCGACGCGCAAGGCGGGGGGCCCAUCGGGUGUGGAGAAGAGGGCGGUGGAUCAGAAGACGUGGAUGCUCAUGGGCGCCCACGGCGAGCUGCCUCCCGGUGUGGCCGCUGCACUCGCUGCCACGCGCGGCGAGGGCCACAGCCACUCGCUCAACGCCGUGGCCAGUGCCAGCAGCUUGGAGAGAGGAGGGGUUGGGGGUGGCGGAGGGGGCGGAGGGGAGGACCGAGCGGUGGUGCGCAGCAGCAGCAGCAGCGGGGGUCGGGGGGCGGCGGUGGAGGUGAGUCCGCGGGGGCGGCCCGUGUCCACGUUCGCCGUGGAGUUCAGCCCGCGCCGUGGCAGCCCCAGGCGCCCCAGCAGUGGCAGCGGCAGCGGUGCGGGCGGCAUGCGAGGGGCGGCGGCGGAGGGCAGUCCGCGGCGGCGGUGGUCGCCCAUGCGGGAGGGGUCGCCGCGGGGGGCUGCACGGCCCAAGCGCAGCGUGGUGGGCGUGUCGCCCUCGCGAGGCGGCAGCGGCAGCGGCGGGGGCAGCGGGGGGAGCAGUGCGCACAGGCGACGGCCGUCAGGGGGCAGUGGGGGAGGGGGAGAGUCGCAGCAUGUGGGGUUGGAGGGGGGUGUGGCGCGGGCUGGUGUGGGCGCAGAUGUGAAGGUGGCAGCGGUGUCAGGGUAUUUCACGCACCCAGGCGCCGUUGCUUCCACUGGGCAGUGGGCACUCGCACUGCCGUGGGCCAAUUGCAUUUGUAGUUCUGGGUUUUGGGGGGAAGGAGCUCCACCAUCCCAUCUCAUCCACCCAGAAACCCUUUUGCCCCCCAGUUACUCUCCGCUGCCUUCUCGUCCGUGCCUCGCGUCUCCUAAUGCUGCCGCGGAGCAUGCCUCGAGUGAUCGCACUCUCUCGCGCCAACAUCGUGCGCAGGAUGGCGGCGGCACGGGGGCGGGGCAUAAGCUGAUGGCGAUCGCGGUGAGGGCCUCGUCGCCUCGCGGUUCUCAGCCCGGCUCGCAACACAUCGGGUGCGUGUGCGCGCGUGGAAAGCACCGCAUGACGGCGGGCAUGUGCGCAGCUCGACACGAAUCACACGAGGCUGUGCCGUGCGAGUCGCGACAGCCCUCCGCGCUUGGUGGCACUUGGUACUCGGCAGUCGAUGCAAGUGGAGUGGAGUGUGACGUGAUGUGA